GUGUUUGUGUCUGGAGGCAUGGGGGGAACAAAUCUGUAGGGCACAAUAGCAGCCAGUGUGUCAGUGUUCUAUAGACGCAGUACGUCGGUUUCAGAUUCGGACAAUUUAACAACACCAGGAAUACGUUGAUAUUCUGUUCGGACAUAUUGAAAACUAAGGAAUUGGUCCUUUCGUUUUAGAGAAAGAGGAGCAUUGGGAUUUAAGAGAUUUGUCCAGAUGCUGAUGAUUUAAUUUAGUGCAUUGACAAGCCGACAUGAUGAGGCGGCGUUUUCUGCGCGUCGCGUCACUGCAGUUCCUUUAAAAACAGAUUCUUUAAGAUUGAGAUGCAGAUUAUGAUUCUUUAAAGGUGUACACUGAGAGGAGAUAGAGGGUGUUACAGAAGAGGAGUGGGCAGAAGCUUAAUUUCUCUUUUACACUUUCUCCAACGCUCUGUCAUCCUCCAUCUGGCUCCAUAGCAGAAGCCAAGUCUGUUUCAUAACAACCAGUCCUGUGUGGUUUUCUGUGCAGUCGCAAUGUAUUUCAAAUAUUGAAGCGUUUACUGGAAAGGAAGCAUUUGCCGAGGAGAAACCAAGACACAGUAACAAUACGGUCAGACACGCAAUCUUUUUGGAAUAAAUCAGUGAUGAAUAAUUGCAAUAAAAUGAUUUCCCAUUGUAGUUCAAGCAGUCCAACAUAGUGAACUUUUUUCGACUGUGAUCAAUCUAUUGUUUGGUGAUCCUCAUCACCUAGGCAAGCACAUAGUUUUACUGUAUUAUUAUGAGUGAUGACAACUCAGACUCCGCCCCCGGCAAUGAUACCAACAGCAUAACGGGAGGGGUCGAGAGAGGGGCAGGACUUUUAAGUGGAUCCUGCAGCAUGAGUGGCGGCUCUCCGUCCUCAAAUCCAGCGAGUAGCGGGACAGGAUCAUCUCCGGGUGGGGCGUUGGAUUCCAAGGGAUCCACGGGUGACCACAGAGGGAUUCAUUCUGACGAUACGGAUGCGCUGUCGAGUGGAAAUGACUCUGGGGAGAGGGAUAGCGAAGGAGGUAUGGAGAGAGGGAACGGAUCCAGAGGGAGACAAUCAAACAGAAGUUAUCAGAGUUCCUCCAGUCAGAACGGAAAGGAUUCAGCCAUGUGUCUGGAGACUACGGAGAGCAACAAGAGCUCAAACUCCCAGAGCCCCUCUCCACCUAGCAGCUCUCUGGCAUACAGCCUGUUGAGUGCCAGCUCUGAACAGGACCCGCCAUCUACGAGCGGCUGCAGCAGCAACCAGUCUUUUCGCGUCCAAAGUCAGAAAGAGCUGAUGAGAGCCCUGCAUGAGCUAAAAAUCCGUAUGCCACCCGAGAGAAAGAUGAAGGGUCGUUCCAGCACCCUCAACGCCCUCAAAUACGCCCUCAACUGUGUCAAACAAGUCAAAGCCAAUCAGGAGUAUUAUCACCAGUGGAAUGUUGAGGAAUGUCAUGGCUGCAGUCUGGAUCUCUCAACCUUUACCCUUGAAGAACUGGACAAUAUCACCUCGGAGUAUACACUCAAAAAUACAGACACGUUCUCUAUGGCAGUGUCGUUCCUGUCAGGGAAGGUGGUGUACAUCUCACUGCAGGGUUCAUCUCUUCUGCGCAGUAAGCCGGAGAAUCUACACGGGGUGUUGUUUUCUGAGCUUCUGGCCCCUCAGGAUGUGAGCACCUUCUACAGCAGCACCGCACCCUGCAGAUUACCUCCAUGGGCCUCCUGCAUCGGAUCUGCCUCUCCACCAGUGGACUGCACCCAGGAGAAGUCCAUGUUUUGUCGCAUCAGUGGAGAUACUUCCUCCAGUGGCGAAAUGAGGUACUACCCGUUUAGACUGACACCCUACCUGCUUACGCUACGAGACUCCGACGCGGCCUACCCCCAACCUUGCUGUCUGCUCAUCGCAGAGAGAGUGCAUUCAGGAUAUGAGGCCCCUCGCAUUCCUCUGGAUAAGAGGAUAUUCACUACUAGUCACACUCCGAGCUGUGUUUUUCAAGAGGUGGAUGAGCGGGCAGUUCCUCUGUUAGGAUACCUGCCUCAAGACCUGGUGGGAACUCCAGUCCUGCUCAGCAUCCAUCCAGAUGACAGACCUGUUAUGGUGGCCAUCCAUAAAAAGAUUCUUCAGUUUGCAGGGCAACCGUUCGACCAUUCUCCUUUGAGGAUGUGCGCCCGUAACGGAGAGUAUCUGACCAUAGACACCUCUUGGUCCUCAUUCAUUAACCCAUGGAGCAGGAAAGUGGCCUUCAUAGUCGGGCGCCACAAAGUCCGAACGUCUCUGCUGAACGAGGAUGUCUUCACACAGCCGAGGGAUCUGGAGGAGCGGGCCGUGUCCCCGGACGUCGCUCAGCUCAGUGAGCAAAUCCACAGGCUCCUGGUGCAGCCCGUCCACAGCGGCAGCUCUCAGGGCUAUGGCAGCCUGGCCAGCAAUGGAUCCCAUGAGCUCCAGCCCAGUGCAGCCUCGUCUUCAGAAAGCAGCGGACCGGGGGUGGAGGACCUGUCAAAGCCACAUAAACCUAUGACCUUCCAGCAAAUCUGCAAAGAUGUUCACAUGGUGAAGACGAGCGGACAACAAGUGUUUAUUGAAUCCCGCAGUCGCCCUCCGCCUAAAAAGCUAUCCAUCACAGGUGUUUUUGCAGACCCAGUCAGCAGUCUUGGUCCUGGUGCUGCUCCACCCUCAAAGAUCUCCAGCCCCUCCCUCCUCGUGCAGAAAGAGCCACCCACUACUUUCUCCUACCAGCAAAUCAACAGCCUGGACACCAUUGUGAGGUAUCUGGAGAGCUGUAACAUCCCUAACACGGUAAAGAGGAAGUGUGGCUCCUCCUCCUGCACUGCCUCCUCCACAUCUGAUGAUGACAAACAGCAGGACGGUUCAGGCAAUGCUAAAGGUCCAUCUGUGUCUCUGGUAGAGGAGAGUGCUCUGUUGCCCCCACUGGCCCUUCACAGUAAGGCAGAGAGUGUUGCUUCUGUCACCUCGCAGUGCAGCUUCAUCAGUACUAUAGUCCACGUGGGGGAUAAGAAGCCACCUGAGUCAGAUAUUGUAAUGGAGGAAGCCCCUUCAACACCAAAUGCUGCUCCUCCCACAACCACGCCCUUUCUGCCCCCUAGCCCUGCUCCUCAAUCUGCAAUGGAUGGAGUGAGGUGGGGAGGUCUAGGAGGAGGAGGUAGUGGCGGAGGAGAAAAGUUAGGACUCACAAAAGAGGUGUUAUCUGCUCACACACAGCAAGAGGAGCAGAACUUCAUGUGUCGCUUUAGAGAUCUGAGUAAGCUCAGAGUGUUUGACCUGACCUCGGCCGUCCGUCGGACACCCUCGCCCUUAUCCAAAGGUGUGCGUUGUUCACGUGACUACCCAGCAGCCCGCGGUAGUAGCGGCCGUAGGCGAGGUCGGGGGGGAAAAAGGCUAAAGCAUCAGGAAUCUUCUGAGCAGAGUGUGUCUCAAAGCCGAGCAGGCCCACUACGAGGUCUCCCAGGGGUUCCCGCUUUGGGCAGACCCUCUAACUCCUCCAUGCCCUUGGGUCCUGCACCCAGCUCCUCUUCGUGGCCUACUUCGGGGUCACAAGCCAGCAUUCCUUCAGUCCCUUAUCCACCCAGCGUCUUCCCACUAUAUCCCAUCUACCCUCCUCUGUCCCAUCCUGCCUCAGACCCCAACGUACAGAUGGGCCUACGCUUCCCCCUUCAGAAUUCGCAGAUGGCUCCUCCCAUGGUCCACCCUAUGAUGGCAUUGGUACUGCCCAACUACAUGUUCCCACAGCCCAAUAUGGGCAUGCCUCAGCCCUUCUACUGCACAAACUCAGCGUUCCCUUUCCCAACUGCUAAUACGGCACCAGCAACUGUACCAAACCCAGUCCCACGUGCCCACUCUCGCUCCAGCACCCCGCAAUCUUACAGCCAGAGGGAGGCGGGGCCUGAGAGGGAAGGAGCGGAGUCACCAUUAUUUCAGUCCAGAUGUUCUUCCCCCUUAAAUCUGCUUCAGCUGGAGUUUGAGACAUCAGUGCUGACUUCAGGCCAACCAGCCGCAUCUCCAAUGAUGGGACAGGGAGGUGGUGCAGGAGGACAGGCCUCAUCCAAUCAGAGAGCUGCCACCGUGGACUCAAAAGAGAACGAGAAUGGUGAAGCAAACGAGUCGAAUCAAGAUGCCAUGUCCACCUCCAGUGACCUGCUGGAUCUGUUGCUGCAGGAGGAUUCACGUUCGGGCACGGGUUCGGCUGCUUCGGGCUCUGGGUCAUUAGGCACUGGCUCCUCUGGGUCAGGUUUAGGGUCCACUGGAUCAGGAUCCAAUGGCUGCAGCUCUUCAGGAAGUGGAAUUAGAAGCAGUCAGAGCAGCCAUACAAGUAAAUAUUUUGGCAGCGUGGACUCGUCAGAGAACAGCCAUUCCCACAAGCAGACAGCAGGGGGCGAUGGAGAGGCACAGUUCAUCAAAUGUGUCCUUCAGGACCCUAUCUGGCUCCUCAUGGCCAACACGGAUGAAAAGACUAUGAUGACCUACCAGAUGCCCAUCAGAGACAGAGACACUGUGUUAAAAGAGGACCGUGCCGCCUUAAGAGCUAUGCAGAAACAACAGCCUCGCUUCACUGAAGAACAGAAAAGCGAGUUGAGUCAGGUUCACCCAUGGAUUCGCACUGGACGCCUGCCUCGUGCCAUCAACAUCUCUGCUUGUGAGGGCUGUAGGUCCUCUCCUAUGGUCCCCUCUACUGCUCCCUUUGACGUAGAGAUCCAUGAGAUGGAGUUUUGCAGUGUUUUGGAAGUGACCGAAGAGGGCGCCACUGCUGAGAAGCAAAUCCAAGCAGACUCAGCCAUGGACAAGAGUGAGGCUGAGGAAGAAGAAUCAUACAAGAAAAAAGAGGUUGAGAAUGGAUGGACUAUUAUGCCAGCACAAGUAAAUGACCAAGAAAUGAUGAUAGAAGAACAGGAAGUGACCUCACAGACCGAGGAGAAAAUCGGUGCCUCUCUUACAGAGAUGACACACUAAGACUGUAGUCACAAAUCAUCAGCGGGAUACGUUACUCAAAUCCUCGACUGAUCACAUCAUCUGUAUACACGGUAAAUUAUACGGUUGUAUUUAUAAUUUACUGGUUGUAUUUAUUUAUGUAGAUGAACGCAACUAUAAAUAUAAAGCCAAGAAGGCUGACAGACAAUGAAUGUAAAGCAGAAUAUUUGCUUUAUUAAAAGACUGUGAUAUCACAACUCUGGCUUACACCAGGGAGAUUUCGGUUGUGCAGAAAGGCUGUGAUCUGUUUGUUUUUUAGUGAUUUUGCGGGUAACAAGGUGUGCAUAGCUUUAGGCUACUCUGGAUAUGACAAUGUUCAGACGGUACUGGUCAUUUCCAGUUCUAGUAUCCUACAUGAACACAAUUCCGUGGUGCGCUCUAAAACCGUUUCAAAAUUUAAGGCUUCUAAUGUUAAGGUGUUGUAAUAACGAAGCAUGACCUUAGACAGGAGAACAGAUUCACUGCCUCCGAGGACAUUUUGUUUCUCCUCUUGUGCUUUUGACGUUUCCCAAAUGUCAUGAAAAUGUUCUUAUUUUUUACAGAAAUAUAUAUAUAUACAAGCUGGUCAAAUUCGACCAAAUUCACAAACACAAUUUUUUUUAGUUCUGUUUUUUAUACAUUAUGUGCUGUGUGUAAUUGUUACAAACUUUGAUGAAAUGUGUAAAAUAAAUAUUGCAUCACCACAGAGAGCCAGUCAAGACAUCGGUCUGCUACAGGUUAUUAUUGCCACCGGCUUCAAUUUCGACUUUUGGUUAUUCGCACUACCGUAACCAUGGCAAUGGUUCCAAAGAGUAUCUGUGGCGAAAGGCAUCCUUUCAGAUUAGCAUUUAGAGAAGCAAAGCUUUAGAUGACACAAAAAAGAAAGCUGAUGUAUGUAGCUGGGUCUAAGCCGUCAAAGAGGAAGAAAAAAUCAAGGAAAAAGAGAUGUUUGAAGAAAAUUGUGUUGGUAAGCACACAUUUGGACACAUUUUCCUUGUUUUUCCGAUCAGUCUUUUCUCUGUCAGUUUCAGUCAUGUGCUCUUUGGGUUCAUGUCGUUUGUAAGUAUUUUGUGUAUUUCUUUAUAUAUAAAAAUGAAUAAAAAUAUAAUGGUUUACACUG